CUACGGCAAACGCCAGGUAUACCUGCUGGUCUUUCCCGAAGCAAAGCGUGGCGGUUUACCGUCUUUCUUUUUUGUUUGUGCUUUGACGAUCUAUUAUUCUUGUUUGGGAUCCCCUACAGUGAAUUGUUCUCCACUGUCCCACAGCUAGGACUUGUCCUUGACCUUGCGUCCUGCCUUGGACCAUUCUAGCUAUCUAUCAGAUCCCCUCGCCGCCUCAGUUCCUGGAGAGCUUCUCGCCCUGCGUCAGGCGAGUUGAAAUGCUCAGUUCCACCAGGCACUAUGGCAGAAACAAAGAUGCAGUUGGAAGACUGGCUGGAUGACCUAUGUGUUCGCUUUAUUAUCAACUUGCCCCGUGAAGAGCUCGAAUCUGUCGAGAGAAUUUGUUUCCAGGUUGAGGAGGCACAAUGGUUCUACGAGGAUUUUAUCCGCCCGCUGGACCCGGGUCUUCCCUCCUUGUCGCUGAAGGCGUUUGCAAUGCGGAUUUUCCAGCAUUGCCCGCUGAUGUCUCAGUGGUCUCACUAUCACCAUAUUACAGCUUUCUCGGAAUUUCUGGCAUACAAAACUCGCGUUCCCGUCCGAGGUGCUAUCAUGCUGAACGAAGCCAUGGACGAGGUCGUUCUGGUCAAGGGCUGGAAGAAAGGUGCCAAUUGGAGCUUUCCCCGAGGUAAAAUUAACAAAGAUGAGAAGGACAUCGAUUGCGCGAUCCGUGAAGUAUACGAGGAAACUGGCUUUGACCUAAGAGAAGCCGGCCUCGUCAAGGAUGAAAAAGAGAUGAAGUAUAUCGAGAUCACGAUGCGCGAGCAGCAUAUGAGGCUUUACGUCUUUCGUGGUGUCCCAAAGAAUGCUUACUUUGAACCUCGCACGAGGAAAGAGAUCAGUAAGAUCGAAUGGUACAAGCUGUCCGAUCUACCCACCCUUAAGAAGAACAGGCAACACGACGAAGGAUCCACAGUGGCCAACGCGAACAAGUUCUAUAUGGUCGCCCCGUUCCUGCAUCCUCUGAAGAAAUGGAUCGCGCAGCAAAAGAAACACGAUGAAAGGGCGCGAGAAAUCUCUGGUCAGUUUCAACAGACUGAGGGUGAAACAUCGAUGGACGAAGCUGUUUAUGCCGCUAAUGGGGCCCUUACUCCCAAGCGGGAGCUCCUACAAGCAGCAGGCCCCAGCGAUCUGCCCGAGGUCACUCCAUCUCAGGAUGUUGCCACGGAUGCCCGACACGCGGCAGAAGUUCCUCAGCCAGCGAUGCCAGACCCGGCAAAGUCUAAUGCUCUGCUUGCCCUUCUUAAAGGUGGCCCUAACGGUGUAUCUCAAACUGGACCUAUGCCAAUGACCCAGGAUCCUCCGAAUGCCUCAGUGUUGCAGAACUCUCAACAGCCGGCCUCCCCGUUCUCUUCUUUAGCAGGAACCCGUGGAUCAGUUCAGUUCCCAAGUCAAUUUGGACCACCAGGACUGCCAUCAUACCCUCCGUCUUCCCCCCUAACUUUACAUCAUGGACCGCCCGCAGGUGGCUUGCCGUCUGUAGCACAUCUACUACAACAGCGACCGACAUCUGCCUUCUUACGGAUGGAUAGACCUGAGUCUUUCACGGGUUACCGAGGAGAAUUCCCCCAUCCGCAGCAGACCCCGGCCCAUCAACCCCAGACGACCCUGUCCCGCUCUAUGCAGGAAUCUCACUAUGCACCUGCUCCUUACCAACGGACUGGAGACCCACAGUUUGCGCAGCCGUCCCAACAUCCCAAUGUUCAAGGCCCUGCUAUUCCUCCCGCAAGCAAGCUACCACCUCCUAAGCUUACAAGUCAUUCUCUUGCUCUUCUCAGUGUCUUCAAAGAUCCAACUCCGAAGACCCCGAAGACGCAGGGAGCAACGUUGGCACCGAAGCCAGAUGCUGCACCCGACAUGACGCGUCGGGCCUCUCAGCACCAGGAUAACCUGCUGAGCCUCUUGAAGGGGGCAUCCCCUGCACCUCCGGCGAGACCUGCGGAACUGUCGGCGCAACCUGCUUCCCCCGCGACCAGGCAGAUCCUUCAAAGACCUGCAGCGACUGGCACACCUCCUUCGAAGCCGCAGACGAUCAUGAUCAAGAAGCGCCAAGGUGGUGAAGGUCAGACCUCCGCAACUGUUUCCGGGCCGUUAAAUAUGCCUGAUCUCGAGAAACUUGGGAAGAAUCACCCAAAAAAGACGAAUGGGACACCCCGCAGAGGCGCAAAAGAGCGUCUUUCUUCACCCAUCACCAUCUUACCGCGACCAUCUAGUGCAAAGAGAGAGUCGCCCGUCUCCGCUGAACGUAUUUCGCAAUCCCCUCGGCGACAGCCGCAGGCCAAAACUCCCGAGCCCUCGAAGCCGUUCCAGCCCCAGAUUCUUCGACGAUCUGAGAAUGCUGAUUUGGAGACACUUUUCCCAAGUCGUACUGUAACUGUCCAUGAGUUCACUCAACCUGGACAUUCGGACAAGGUAGGCGGUACGCCGAAAGAGACGCCUGCCGCUCCACUGAACUACGAUCGUCGCCCAAGCCAAACAGCCGCGCAGAAAGAGACACUACUAUCUCUAUUUGGAAAGUCGCCUUCUCAGAGGGCCCAACCGCUGGCUAAACCAGCCGAGUUGCCUUCUACUGCUGCUGGGCCCUCGAUGAGCUCGGCGAACAUCAGCCCGCUAUCUGCAUCUCAGAUUCGCAAAAUGCCUCCUCGGACGCCCACCCGAUCCGUCUGUACACGGUGCCUAACAAGGCGCCGGUUAUUCUCAACCAAUUCUUCCCUACAGCAACAAAAGCAGCAUGAUCUCCCCUCUCCCCCGCCGCGCUCCGGAUAUGCUCGACUCGACCACCGAGGUCUCAUUUCCCUCACUGGAGCAGACAGUACGACCUUUCUCCAGGGCAUGAUCACCCAGAAUAUGCUGGUUACAAAUGACCCUCAGCGGUCCACACGAAGGACGGGAUUCUACACUGCUUUUCUCAAUGCGCAAGGACGGGUGCUCAAUGAUGUGUUCAUCUAUCCCUCGCCAAACGGAGGGGAAUCAUCCUCCGCAGAUGAAGCGGGUUGGAUCAUCGAGGUGGACAAGAACGAAGUCACGAAUCUAAUGAAACAUCUAAAGAAGCACAAACUGCGCUCAAAGCUCAAGCUCCGUGCCCUCGAAGAUGGUGAACAAACUGUCUGGUCGACAUGGAAUGACCAAGCGGAGCCAAGAUGGGCGGCUUACAACCUCGAAUCUGAAUCGCCGUCCCCUUUCUCUCCAUCUUCUCAUAUUGCUGGUUGCAUUGACACCCGCGCUCCGGGUUUUGGUUCUCGUCUCGUCACGCCCGGUGAUGAUGACCUCCGCAAGUACCUUCCAGACGAGUCCAAGCUCCCCGGUAGCGAAGUUCACCUACCCACCUAUACAUUGAGGCGGAUGCUAUAUGGUAUCGCAGAGGGACAGGGAGAAAUUAUCCGGGAAAGUGCUCUGCCUCUCGAAUGCAAUAUGGAUAUGAUGCGCGGUGUGGACUUCCGAAAAGGCUGUUAUGUCGGCCAGGAGCUCACGAUCCGGACACACCACACGGGCGUUGUACGCAAACGCAUUCUUCCUGUCCAGCUAUAUUCUGCCGGUCAGGAUCCGCACAAGUUCGGAGAAGUCCCCGUCUAUGACCCUACCACCCAACUUUCGCUACCGCCUGCUGGCUCCAACAUCUCUCGGAUCAGUGCACGCAAGGGCCGCAGCGCCGGGAAGUUCCUCAAUGGAAUCGGAAACGUCGGUCUUGCGCUCUGUCGGUUGGAAAUGAUGACCGAUAUUGCACUUACAGGAGAAGGUACUCAAUAUACCCCAGACCAGGAAUUCAAGGUCUCCUUGGAUGAUAAUGCGGAGGGGAAGGAAGUCAGGGUCAAGGCGCUUGUACCGUCGUGGACAAGAGACUUUAUCCUGAGCGGGGUCAGGAAGAAUACCGCCCGACCAGAUGAAGGUGAAGGCCACAGAGCCAGGGAAAUGGUAGAGGAGCUGGACGAAGAGCAUCGACGAGGGGAGUAAGCAGGACGCAGCUCAUGUACAGUAGUUAUUCAUAUCCUCUUAUAUAAUCCAUGUACACUCU